AUGCCUUCCAACGAGACACUCUCCAAUGGCUGCGAUUCUACACGAUACUCCUUUCCACCUGGCAUUCACGUCCCUUCCCUAACAUUCUUCAAGAAUAACACCCAACAGGAGAUCGACUGGGAUGUUCAGGAAACCCACUUUGAUUUUCUCAUCUCGUCUGGGCUCCAUGGCAUAGUAAUCGCGGGAACGAAUGGCGAAGCUGCGACCCUCACAUCCACCGAGAAGACCCAGCUAGUACAGAAGUGUCGAAAAGCGGCAGAAACACUAGACCGAGGAGAACUUCCCAUUACGAUUGGAGGGGUGGCAGGCUGCACACGCGAUACGAUCCAGCAGACCAUCGAAGCAAAAGAGGCGGGCGCAACCGCAUAUCUAGCACUGAUACCUUCGUACUUCCAUUUCGCAAUGGACCAGGCGGCAAUAAUUGCGUACUUCCAGGAACUCGCAGAUGCAAGCCCCAUUCCCAUUGUCAUCUACAACUUCCCAGGAGUAGUAGCAGGCUUGGAUGUGAACUCGGAGAUGCUGGACAUUCUAGGAAAGCACCCAAAUAUUGCCGCCGUCAAGCUUACUUGUGGAGGGAUUGCGAAAGUCUCUAGGAUAUCUGCGUCGUUUAAAACGUCGCAAUUUUGCGCGCUGGCGGGACAGAGCGAUUGGCUGAUUCCAGCGUUGAGCGUGGGCGGCACUGGAUGUAUUACGGGAGUUGCAAAUCUCUUCCCAAGGACUUGUGUCGAGUUAUUCAGCCUCUAUCAGUCUGGAAAAAUUGCCGAAGCUCAGGCGUUGCAGAUCAAACUCUCCGUUGCCGAAUGGGGAUUCGGUAAAGGUGGUAUUAACGGCACAAAGUGGGUGGUUGCAAAGAAGAGAGGAUAUCCGGAGACCAGCGCUCAUUGCCGGAGACCGUACCCGAGAUACUCUAGCGAGGAGAGGAGGAAGUGGGUUGUCAACCAGGUGUCUGGGUUGGAUUUUGUCGAGGCAUCCUUGGUCUAG